AAUGUCAAAGUGAAAUUUGCACAUAUUGUUUACAUUAUUUUUAUUUAUUUUACUACGUUUCAUUUAAAAUUUACCAAUAUGAUUUUGAGGUCUUUGUUGUUUAUAUCUUUAGUUCCUUACAUUUUUUGUGUAAAAGCCGAGCCUGUGUUAAAUGAUACACAAAUAAGUACUACCUCAACUUUAGCACCUCCAAUGCCAACGUUUCCUGGUGAAGGGGGCAACAUAGCUAUAGCUUCCACAAAUAUUGCUGAAAAUUCAAAACAUAAUGCUACAAGUAAGUCUAAAAUAGUACCACGAAAGGGAGCUGAAUUACCAGUAAAUAGCACUGAUGUAAGCGACAAUGUGAGGAUAGACACUUCUGUUAAAAAUAUCACUACAUCAACAACAAAGCCUUCAUCCACAACUACAACUACAACUACGACUACAACCACAACAACUACUACAACUACUACAACAACUACAACGACUCCAAAGCCAAGAAAGCCUUUAAUAACUUACAGUGUGGACGAGGAGGCCGAUAAUAUGAUUUUGUACCAAAACAAACCAAACGCUUCCAGCAAUCCGCAAAACAACACUGCUGAUCACCAGAGUUAUUACGAAAGUCAAAAGAGUACAAUGUCCGGUUUAAAUCUGGGUAUACAAAUUCAAUCACGUGGACAUCCUGAUUAUAUUGUACCUGUAGUUGUGACAAUAUUUGCUGUACCUUUAUUUGUAAUCUUCACCGUGUUUCUUGUACGGAAAGCUAGGGACUACUGGGAAAAGAGGCAUUAUAGGAGGAUGGACUUUUUGGUCGAGGGCAUGUACCAUGACUAAGAAACAAAUAUUGACAAUCAUAUCGCAUAACAAGUUAAGACUCGAAUAUAAAAAUUAUAUUCUUAGUUUUAACAAAUCCGAAUAAAUCAUGCAAUAAAUUUAUAUAAUAUUAAUCGAGUUUUAAUAUUUUUAU